GCAAAACAGACCGCAAUGGCACAUCCCUAAUGCGCCCUCUACCGCAUUUCCAAUAGGAUUAUUUCAAUUUCACUUAAAUACGAAAUUUAAACCGAAAUUACAUCCCAAAAAUGACCGCCAGCGUGGAGGACAUCAAGCUGGAGGCCCUCUCGCUCACCUCCGGCAUCCGUGAGUCGCCCGUGUGCAUCAUAGUGCUCGGAAUGGCGGGCAGCGGCAAGACCACGUUCACCAGGAGCCUCAUCCAGCACGCCCAGGAGAAAUUCAAUCCGUACGUGGUUAAUCUGGAUCCCGCUUGCAAGGAGGUGCCAUAUGCGACGCACGUGGACAUCCGGGACACGGUGAACUACCGGGAGGUGAUGAAGCAGUACCAACUGGGCCCCAAUGGCGGCAUUGUCACCGCACUCAACAUGUUCACCACCAAAAUGGCCCAGUUUGCGGAGCUAGUGCGUCGCGCCGGCGAGCGCGGGCACAAGUGGUGUGUGAUCGACACACCGGGCCAGAUCGAGGUGUUCACCUGGUCGGCAUCGGGCAACAUCAUCACCGAGGGCCUGGCCACCAUGUUUCCCACCAUCGUGGUCUAUGUAAUGGAUGUGGUGCGCAGCGCCUGUCCCACCACCUUCAUGUCCAACAUGCUCUACGCCUGCUCCAUCCUCUACAAGACGCGCCUGCCCUUCCUGGUGGCCCUGAAUAAGAUCGACCUGCAGGACUGCAGUUUCGUCCUAGACUGGAUGACGGACUUCGAGGCCUUCCAGGAGGCCCUCGAGCAGGAGCAGAGCUUCGUGAGCAACCUCACGCGCACCAUGUCGCUUACUUUAGACACCUUUUACGAGAAUCUAAGCACCUGCGGCGUUUCGGCCAAAACAGGCGUGGGUUUUGCCCAGCUACUGACUAAGAUUAAGGAGUGCGUCAGCGAAUACGAGCGGGAUUACAAGCCGGUGUACGAGAAGAUGCGUUUGGAGCGGCUGGCGGAGCAGGCGGCACCAAAACCGGCCGACAAUGUGGAAGAUGCCGGCAUUGCUGUGCCCCUGGGAUUGCAGGGUCUUCAGGAUCCACCGGCAAACGCAGGAAACAGCGUAUUCCUCAUGGCACCUGGUCUGGUGCCGCAAACCGACGAGCAGGAGGAGCAGGAGGAGAUGGAGGAGGACGGCAAGGGCACCAUGGAGGAGCAGAACUUCAGCAGCUUCGUGCAGAAUCAUCUGACGGCGCAGCAGAGCAAGCGGGACAAGCUGGAGGAGCAGUCAAAGUCCUAGUUAAUUAGUGAUUUAGUUAAUUAGAAUAGAGAUCGAGUUUCCCACAAUUCCUUUGAGUUUUCUUCUUUAUUUAUGCACUUUAACAAGCAAAAACAUUCAAUAUAGUGUAUGUGUGUUUGUCAUUUCCCAUUCGGA